UUCAAGCUUUAGAAGCCUGAUUAUAGAUUCGUAGCAUUAUAAUUUAAUAAAUUAAGUUUACAAGACUUGUUUCUUAAAGAAGCAACUUGGUCAAAAUUAGAAGUUAGUUAGAAAUACAUGCUAGCUAGUGGUAUUUAUAUAGAACACUAGUUGUAAGAAAAAGGAAGAAAUUAAUUUAGGAAGGUUAGUAAAAAAUGAAGAGUAGUAAGAGAGAAAUGGAGAAGAAAUCAGAAAUAAGUUGUGUCAUUGAAGAGCUUUCUAUGGUAGUAAUAAUUAAGCCUUGUGAAAAUCAUGAAGAUGCUCAUAUCCCUACCAAGCCUUUUCUCUCUAUAUGUUAUUUGGUUCUACAAGUUCUUGAUAAAAUAGGGCCAACAAUGGCUGUUUUGAGACAAGAUGUCUACCAAAAUAUCAAGAGUUUGGAACUAAUGCAUGAAUCGAAUCCAACAGCAAAUCCAAAUUUGGUUGAAAUACUGAAAUUAGAAGCAAGAGAAGGGAAUGCAAAGAAGAGGUCAAGCUGCAGUAAGGCCUUUGUUUGGCUCACAAGGACCUUGGAUUUCACCUCAUCAUUAUUACAAAUACUAUCAAAAGAUCUUGAAAAGAAAAUGGAGAAUGUAGUUGAAGAGUGUUAUGACGUAACAUUAAAACCAUGGCAUGGAUGGAUUUCAUCAACUGCUUUCAGAGUGGCUCUAAAAUUAGUUCCAGAAAGUAAAACAUUAAUUAAUCUCCUUAAGAGUGAAGAUGAAGACCAUGACAUGCUGAAGCAGAAAAUGCAGAUUUUGGUUUCUCUACUUGUGCCUUUUCUUGAGGAUAUCCACUGUGUUCUUAGAUUGUAUAACUUGGACAAGCUGAAAUCAACCUGAAGUCAAGAUAAAAGUAAACAUUAAAUAAGUUUUUAAAAAGUUAUUUAACUUUAAGAAUAAUGACGAGGAAUUAUGUGUAUUUUAAUUUCAUUUCCUCCUUUUAUUUAUUUAUGAGAUUUGGUUAUUCAUUCCUCCAGCUGAUUUCAUGUAAAUAUCGUGUAUACUAAAAGGAUUGAAGGAACAUAAAAGUUUUUAUUAAUAUCCCUUUGGGUUUCAAGCA